AUGGGCGCAGGGGUCGGCCCCCCUCUGUGGGUGUCGGUCUCCCUAUCUGUGUUUUGUGCGUUUUCCAGUGCCAUUUUCUCCGGUUUAACGCUCAGUUUGAUGUCCUUUGAUGUUUUUCAAUUGCAAUUGCUGACCUAUGUGACUUCUAAUGACCCAAAUGAACUGAAAAAUGCUGAACGUGCGAGGAGGAUAUUACCAUUGAGAAAAGAUAGUUAUCUUUUGCUUUCAACGUUGAUUGUGGGAAAUGUUAUGUCAAAUGUAGCUAUAUCUAUUCUGUUGGGUGGACUUUUGGAUCAGUUUAUUGGAUUUCUCAUAAGUACAGUAAUUACUACCAUUUUGGGGGAGAUAACCCCUCAAGCCAUAUUCAUAAAACACUCUUUAUAUUUUGGAAGUUUAUUUGCUCCACUAGUGCGCAUUAUUGAAAUAAUUUUGUACCCUAUUGUCAAACCCAUAUCCCUAAUACUCAGUUAUUCCUUGGGUAAUAUAAAGGGAACUAUAUACACAAAAAAUGAACUCAAAGCACUCUUUGAUAUCCACAGGUUGGAAGGGAAUGUAUUGAGUGAUGAAGAAUGUAUGAUGCUGAAAGGAUGUUUGGAUAUAGCACAUGUCAAGGCUAAAAACUUAAUGACGCCACUAAAAAAAAUUUUUGGAUUAUCUGUAUCGACUAAACUCACCCAUGAUGUCAUCAGAGCAAUUACUAAAUCGGGAUUUUCUAAAAUACCAAUUGUAGACUAUUCACAGGAAUCCUGUAUUCUUGGGAUGAUUUACACCAGAGAUCUACUUAACGUAAAACUUGUUGAAAAUAUUACGUGUGGUGAAGUUUUACUUAAAUUCGGCAAAACCAUUUAUGCAUUAGAUGAAGAUGUUGGGCUAAUAACAGUUUUGUCGUACUUUCAUCACAGUACUGCUGAUUUUGCUAUCGUUCGUCGUGUUGUGGAAUUGAGUGAUAAUGAUCCCUACUAUAAGCACGUAGGUAUACUUACUUUGAAGAGCAUGAUUAACAAGAUUAUUCAGGUUGAUUUGAAAUAUUCGCAGUAUGUUAUGCACGAGAUAUUCACUGGCGUUGACACUAGUGAUGUUGUUGAUUUCAACAGAGAACUGAUUUCGAAGAUAUGUAACGAAUUCAAUCCCUGUGUGAAGUACAAGGUAGAGAAUAUUUUGAAUAACACAAUUGCAAACAAACUCUCAUUCAACAACUAUCCUCCCCAUACUAAGAUAUUUCAUUACAAAAAAGAUAUUUCUGGGCUAUACAUCAUGAUAAAGGGGUCAGUAUCAAUAUGUGCACCCAGUGGUAAUAUAGUCAAGCACGCACCGUGUAUUUUGCACGAGCCUGUGGAUGUUAUUUCACUAACAUCGAUUUUACACAACCCUCUACCUAAAGAUAUUAUCGCAAUUACUGUACAAGAAUUAGAAGAUAACCUGGGAGUUGAAAUAGUGUCACUGUAUGACACAAUCACCAUUGAAGACACCGUUGUAUACGGCUUAAAGUACGAAGAGAGUCUACAAAUACUUUCACUCAUCAAGUGA